GGCAUUGGGGUUGUUUCAUUGCCCUGAAUGAUCCAACCAAUCUGGAUGUUUUAUUUUAUCCUGUAUUCUCUCGUGUCUUGUGCUUGUAGCCCUUCAGUAAUAGAGUCUGAUCAAUCUAGUGGCCCGCUAUUUGAGGAUUUUCUUUGCUUUGGGUUUGCGCUGGCCAGUAAUUAGGAUCUAUGGGAUUAUAACGGCACACCAACCAGUAUACAGAGUGGCUGAUUUUGGAUUUACGACCCUGGACAUAAUUCUACCAAAGAACCGAAAAAAGAUCGUUCUAUUUUAGGGCUCAAUAAAUCUGCACUCAGCCAGACGAGCUCCUCAAUCCGGAUUUGAAACUUCUUUGCGCAGACUUGUCCGUGUUCACAUGAAGCCAUCAAUGGCAUUCGCAAUGAUCGCCCCGUUUUUUGACACGCACAGUACAUUAUCAUGGUCUGGACUUUAUGGAAUACUUUCAGCACACCUAAAAAUUGCAAAUCGAGAGAAUUAACAGGAGUCCAAGAGGUGAGGACCAGUGCCAGUCCAGGUAUAUCAUUUCCAGAACUAUUUUGGACUUGGCUUAAAGAUCAGCAACAAUGGGCACCACGCUGCAAGUUAUUCUCGGCAUGUUGCAGUUCGUCUUGCUUGCCAGAAUGCCAACACACUGUGCCAGGACACCGCGAGCACACUGGCAGCCCACAGAGAGCCACAAAUCAGAACAAGUGGUUCGAUGGCUGGAUGUGUAUCAGAAGAGUGCUUGCCAGCCCAGGGAAACGCUGGUGGAGGUGUGGCGGGAGUAUCCGUGGGAGACACAUCACCUCUUCCUGCCAUCAUGUGUGUCAUUAAAGCGAUGUGGGGGCUGCUGUGGCGAUGAGGCUCUUGAAUGCGUGCCCUCACAUACAGAAACGCUCACAAUGGAGCUUAUGAAAACUUCAUACAUGAAGCAUGAACUUGUGCAGUUACCCUUCACAGAACAUAGCCAGUGUGAGUGCAGACUAAAAGCAGAUCUUCACACAGAGCCGACCAGGCAAGACUUGAAGCCAGCAAGAAGAGGGAGAAAAAGAGAGAGGGGAAAACCAAAGCAAAGGAAACAUGUCAAGAUAAAACCUACGACACCACCCCCAACUACACCUGCCACUCUGGCUCCUGGAGCGAGCAUCUGCUCUUCUCCCACCGUCACUAUGCAGUGCCCACCAUGCCCUGGCCACAGGAUGACAUCUCAGCCCCCUACAUGUGAGUGCAAAUGCACUUUAAGGGAGGUGAGCUGCAACAAGAGAGGCAAGAGACUCAACCAGCACAGCUGCAGAUGUGAGUCCAUGCGAGUAUAACAUUGAUUGGUCCUUUAUUCCUGGUUAUGGGAUGUCUUUUCCAUGGAGUUCUAAAGCAGAGGUCAUUUCAAGAGUAGCUGGAUUCAGGAACGCUGACCUCUCUCUAUAUGCAUUUAGUGCAGUAUUAGAUGCAUGUAUUCAGAUCGGUAUCUGUGUCUCAGUAUUGGUGUGUGUAUACCAUGCGUCACCAAAUUCCCAUCAGUAAGCCUCUAAAGCACCUCGCUGCAACUGUGAUGUAUUUUGAUGCUAGUGGAGUCACUGAUGGACAGUGUAUUCCAUUGGACUGGAUUGUUGUGUGGACCCAUGCUACUGCUACUAGAUCCAUCAUACCACUUCCUACUUGCCACAGGACAUUUACCCACUACUGACUAAAACAGUAUGCCUCAAAACACUUAAAAUGGUGGUAAAUGCAAACCAUCUGGAAUUUAAAGUCUUAUCCACAUUCAUUCAAGACAUAAAAGAGGACAGAAUUCCUAAAAUUACCCAAAAUUUAAACCCAAGAAACUUUGGCAGAGAACUCAAACGUCCUGAAUUGCAUCAGCAGACCAGUCAUUAGGACGUUCCCCAUCUGUCCCAGCAUAUGUGCUGUCUGUUAAAACGACUGGUAUUGAGAUGUGCUGAAUAGACUGAUGGGCGUCUGUGUGGUCCCGUAUUGAAUGAUACGGAUCUGUUUGGCAGGCCUGAUUUUUCUCAGCCUCCGUAAGCCUGUCACGUGGCCUCCGGGACUGUAUCAAUGAGUCUUAUUGUGUUUGUUUGAUUUGCUUUUUGUCUCAAGCUUUCCUUUGGGAAUAAAUGAGUCUUUCCCUCAGGCCAGGCAGUGAGGAGAAUGUCAAUAGUAAAGAGACCUGGCUAUUUUCCACUGGUGCUUACAACACAUACCCUACAAUCUCUUUCACACAUACCCGUUGUCGUGCUUUUUCCUGCUUUUCACUCACCUUUACACAGAGCUUUUUUCUUGUUUGUUUCUACCUCUUUAUCUGCUUCUAGUGUCAUCUCGUUCACACAAACACACACAUACAUACAGUGCCUUGAAAAAGUAUUCAUCUCCCAGUUCUAUAUCAAUAAUUGCUGGGACUAGUAUCUGUUUGACUAGAAACAUUAGGAACAGGAUAUUUUGGCUCUCACAAAAGCUUAAAAAAUGAAAGUGUAAAUAAUUCUGUAAAAACAAACCAAGUCCUCCUAAAAUCUUUGUCCAGUACUUUGUUGAGUUACUUUUGGCAGCUCUUAUAGCCAGUAGUCAUUUUAAGUACAUCUUAGUGAAUUGUGAUACAGCAGUCCCAAGUAAACCAGAUUUGUUGGCUUACCAAAAACGUUUGUUUGGAUCACUCUAGGACAUUUUUUUUUGCAUUGUAAACCCUCUAGUGUUGCUUUGGCAGUGAGCAUUGACUAGCUGUCAUGCUAAAAGACAAAUUUUCUUCCUGUUUAUUUUCAAGAAGUCAUGUUUUCAUCCCAGAUCUUUCUUUACUUUCUAUUAUCAGUCCUGAGCACAUGAUCAGUCCCAGCUGCUGAAAGCAUCACCAUUACAUAAACAUGGCUACCACACACACACAAUUUGGCUUUUUUUAUUCAAAUUGAUUGUGCGAUGCUCAACAUAACGCAGCGUCAAGCCAAGCAGCCUCACUCUACAAGAAAACACUAACACAGCCAGCACAAACGAAAUUUUGCUGCAUAUCGUGAAAGGCGCUGAAGGGAUUCUUCUGUGCAAUUCUUCUGGUACCUUAAUUCCCGGACACCUUGAUUAAUAACAAUUGCUUUUCACAAUUUAGCACUUGAUUUCUGCAACUAUAAAAAGAGUACAGAAUAUGGUUAAUCUUUACAAAAGCCACAUUAUUAAGUGUCUUUCUAGUUUGUUAACUACAUUUAGAGAAACAGUCUUACCUAGGCACUGUGGCUUUAGUUUUAUAUUUUCUUUAAUUCUUUACUGUCGGUUAAACAUGGCAGAAUUUGUCCAGUGCCUUUUAUAUCUAUAUGAUUUAUCCCUAGUCUUGUUUGAAUGCUCUUUUGUUUAAAUGAUGUGUAUGAAUGCUUCUCACUACUCCUUUUCCUAAAUUUUAGUACACUUUUGACAAUGCAUACCGUUUCAUAGAUAAACUGGAAAACAUCUGAAAUGUGCAAUCUUAAAGAAUUAAAUGUACAAAUAUUUUAAGGCUAUGUACGUUUUCAAGGCACUGUUACCAACAGCUACGUCGUUUUGUUUGGGAAUACAAUGAUUUAAAUGUUUUAUUUUUUGGGGGGUUUGUUUGUCAUCAUAUAAUUUUUAGUUGUUAUGUACAUUUUCUAAUGUUAUUUGUAGCCUUAUGGUCAUUUAGAAAAAAUUGGUGCCUUUGUUGUUUUCUGUUAAUCUGUCUUUAAAAAAAUACGCCUGGGUGGCCUGCUGUGGACACAUUCUUACACCCAGCAUGGGUCUGUAUGUGGGUGUGUGUUUGAACAGAGGCACAGAGAGGAGCCGGAGGCAAAUCGAUAAGAACAUCAAAUCUCAGCACUGAUAUUAACUGAAAUUAUGACAUUUUAAAGAUUUCAUUUAUUUAGUUUAAGAAUAAUUCUGCACUGGCUGUAGGGUAUCCAAAAUAUAAUGUAUUUAUUUUUAUAUGAGUUGCCUUUUAUAUCUAGCUUUUUAAUGUUACUUUGAUAUAUUUUAUGUGAUAAGAUUAUAACUGUAAUUGUAUCAGAAUAAUAUAAUAGUUCAGUAUUUAGUUAAAAUUCAUGCAUUGCUUGUAGCGAUCUGUGAAUGCUCAGGUCCACAUGUUAUGAAGAUAUACUGUGUGUUUAGUUGAAGGUUAGAGAGUUUUAAACUAUCCAUGAGUUUGCUUCAGCCAUGUAAUUAUUAUGACAACACCUCAUGUAGCAUACGACUGAAAUCCCUCACCUAACCGUGUUAAAUCUUGAGAUUUUUGCAAUAAUAUGAUGAAGACCUCAAGAGAGAUUUUAAUUCAUUAACGGCAAUAAUGUAAAUAAAAAUAUCCAUGACCUAUUGUUUUCUUAAGGCUGUGGUUAUGGAUGUCAAGUUUCUGUGGACCAGACACUGUAAAGUUCUGCAUUUUGUUUGGCUACAUGUUGUUUUCCCUUGAGUUUAUAUCCUACAACUGUUGUAAGAAAAAAUUGUAAGCUAAGGAUUUCUGCAUUAUUUACUUAUAAAAUGUGGUCCAAUCUUAAUGCAAGGCAUAAUUAAACACACAGUCUGUUUAAACUAGUAACACCCAGAACAAUUUUACUAAACACAAUAGUCAUUAAUGUACUUUCCAGGCUGGUAAAGUAUGUAAACCUCAAGGCUAAUUUCCUUAGGUGUGGGUUGUAGAUAUGUUCUAUAAAAUGUCACACAGAAUCUAAAUCAUCUCUUAUAAAGAAAUAUAUGCUCUGAUCAUCACAACCUGAUCUAAACACAAUUCUGAAGACACUGUAGAGAUGCAUAAAGCUAAAAAAGUUAUAAUUGUUACUUUUCAACAUUUUGCAAAUAUUACACCAACAGCAGUGUGGGUUGCUAAAGAAGGUGAAAAAACUAUACUAUCGCUAAAACUCUUAGGCUUAAACACAUAGGCGAUCCAACAACCUUCCAAUUCAUUUGAGAUGACCUGUAAGGAGCUGUUAGUGUCCUUUCUAGCAUGGAUAGCAUUUUUUCCUUUUUCAGAAACAAAAGUUUAAUGAAAAGUUCAAAUGUUAUGAGUGAAUAAUGCAGACAUUGAGGUAAAUGCAAAAGGUUUAAAUUUUGUUCUCACAAUUAAAAGUGAUUUAUUCCAGACAUCAUACUUUACCUAUUACAGCAAUGUACAUCAUACAGCUAUUCCAGUUUCUGUACACUUAAUCCAAUUUAGUGCUACUUAGUGUAAUGAUAAUACACAAAUUUACAAAUGAUAUAUACUGUAUAUGAAUGUACCAGUCUGUUCAGUGUUAUUCAUUAUUCUUGCUAAUGGUCAAAAGGCUUAGUAAUUCAACUGCAUUCUGAUUGUCAUGACACUCUGAAAGUGAGAUAACACCACACUAGAAGCCAUUGUCUAAGCUACAGUUUAUAGUCUGUGUAAUCUAUAUCUGUAUAAUUGUAAAAAAAAAAAAAAUCAAUAGUCUUACUGCUGCUACACCAUUUGUGCCCUAUUCUUCUGUUUGUGGAUGAGUAGAAAUCACUACGUUUGUGUUACAGUGUGUAAUGUAAGGGGCAGAACACUUGUCUUUAUUGUGUAUGUAAGCUGACACAGAUUCACUAGACAUCUAGUCAGCAACAGCCAUAAUGUGAUGUUCAGUAUAAUGUAUUAUUAAAGUAAAAUGUCCUAUUUUUGAAAAA